AUGGCGGCCCCCGAGCUCUCUGACCCCUCUGAGCAGUUCACCAGCAUCAAAGAGCUGAGUGUGACCCUGGAGAAAGAGCUGGAGGAGGUAGACAGAGUCCCGAGAGUACAGGCCCUGCAGAGCGCCGGGGAGCCUGAGCCCACAGGCAACCAUGAGCUGCUGCAGGCCCUGCUGUUGGAAGGGAGGCUGGAGCUGGUAGCGACCCCGGCGGAGGAUGACAAGCACAUUCUGUCCCUGCGAGCCGUGCCCUCGCCCUCCGGAGACCCGGGGCUGCUGAGCACAGGCUGGCUGGACACAGAGCACGUGCAGGAGCUGCAGGUGGCCGAGGGUGUGCUCCCGCUGUUGUGGCUGGGCGAGGAGCCCCAGCAGAGCUUGCAGCCGUGCGUGGCCCUAGGUCUCCAGGAGGAGCUGUCUCCGCUGCAGGAGCUGGAGGUGAUGAAGGUCCGCGUGCUGGAGGAGAGCCAGGCGGUGGUCAGGGGAGACCCUGAGCCAGCGCCAAACCUUUCUGAAAACUCAGGAUUGACAAAGAUUGAGAAAGUUCCGGAGGAGGACCAGCCAGCGGCGGCUGAAGGAGGCGGAGCUCAGAGAGCCGGGGAGCAGUUUUUGCUCCUGGCGGUGAGGCCCGGAGAUGAAGGAAGUGAUGGAAUUGUUCUGGCCGUUUGCACCUUAAACGAGGAAGAACAGGAAGAAAAACCUGCAGUAGGUCAAGCAAAUAGGGAAACAACCAGCUCCACAAAAAGUCCAAGAAAAGCAAAGGGAGCGAAGCCGACCUUCCGCUGCAGCGUCUGCACGUUCACGGCUUCUAGAGUCUCCAGCUUUAACCGCCACAUGAGGAUCCACAGCAGCGAGAAGCCCCACAUGUGCCACAUCUGCCUGAAGACGUUCCGCACCGUCACGCUCCUCCGGAACCACAUCAACACCCACACAGGAACCAGGCCUUACAAGUGUGUGGACUGUGAUAUGGCAUUUGUCACCAGUGGAGAACUCGUCCGGCACAGGCGUUACAAACACACUCACGAGAAGCCAUUUAAAUGCUCCAUGUGCACGUACGCAAGUGUGGAAGCCAGCAAGCUGAAGCGCCACGUCCGCUCGCACACGGGCGAGCGGCCCUUCCAGUGCCUGCUCUGCAGCUACGCCAGCAAGGACACCUACAAACUCAAGCGUCACAUGCGCACCCACUCAGGGGAGAAGCCAUAUGAGUGCCAGGUCUGCCACGCCCGCUUCACCCAGCGCGGGACCAUGAAGAUACACAUCCUCCAGAAGCACAGCGAGAACGUGCCCAAGUACGAGUGUCCCCACUGUGCCGCCGUCAUCGCGAGGAAGAGCGACCUGCGUGUGCACGUGCGCAACCUGCACACCUACCGCGCCACGGAGAUGCAGUGCCGCUACUGCCCGGCCACCUUCCACGAGCGCUACACCCUCGUGCAGCACCAGAAGACCCACAAGAACGAGAAGCGGUUCAAGUGCCCGCACUGCAGCUACGCCUGCAAGCAGGAGCGGCACCUCGUGGUCCACGUCCGCACCCACACCGGAGAGAAGCCCUUCACCUGCUCCACCUGCCACAAGCACUUCCGCCAGAAGCCGCUUCUGGACGCGCAUUUCAAGAAAUACCACGAUGCGGAUUUCACCCCCUCUGUCUAUGAGUGCCCCACGUGUGGCAGGGGCUUCUCUCGCUGGAGCAGCAUGCACAGACAUGCGGAGAAGUGUGGCUCGGCACGUGGGACCUCAGCUGCCUCAGGAAGAGGAAAGCGCACGAGAAAGGGGAAGCAGAGAGCCCCCCGAGGAGCCGGACAGGAUGAGGCCCCCUUGGAGGAGACACAGAUUGUGGGCGAGGCGGCCCCCGAUGACGGCGGGGAAGCGGCAGGCGGAAGCGUGGCCCUGGAGGAAGACCUGACGUGCGAGAUGAUCUUCGAUAUGAUGGUGCAGUGACGGGUUCGCUCUCACAGCCGGGCCCUUGAAACAGGUCACCCCCGAGCAGCUUUGAAACCGUUCCUGACAGUGAGACAUGGUUUUCCCAGAGUGUUCCGUAGUGUGUAGCUUGUUUGCCCAUUUGGGCCAAGAGGUUUCUAAUAUGGUUUUUAUACAUUAAGAAAUUAAUUUUAUACCCUUUUUCCUACAAAUGAAUUUUCCAUUCAGUAUAAAGCUCCCAUAAUGCUUUUAAUUAGUUCUAAAUUCAAAUGAUUUUAGUGUCAUUUUAAAAGCAGAGUAAAAAGUGAAAAAUUAGACUACAAAGUAAUGAGUUUUCUGUUUUUAUGGAGAGGUGAGAGCAAGGCUCAACCUGAACCGUGCCUUCGGCAGGAGGGGACAUUGCCCCCUCCAUUCCGUGGCUACCAUCCAAUUUGUAACCGUCUCGUUUUGCUAAAACUGCCCCUUUUUAUGUUUUUAAGAUGAGUACAAAGUGGAAAGAAACAUGAGAAUCCGGGCGUGUAAGUGGGCCCCUGGAGGAGCCUGCACUCUUUGCGACCCCCAGAAAUCCCCGGAGGUUUCUCUUCUCACCCCGCCCAUCUGUCUGCCCCCGGGGAGCGCAGGCUCAGCCCAGAUCCUUGGCACCGAGGUCGGCAGGACCCAGCUCCCCGCACAGCCGGGCUCCUGUGUUGGCUGGCACCCUUCUGCCCUUCCCUCAGAGUUCAAACUCAUUCAGAAUCAUUGCGAUUCUUCGGGUGUGGGUCUGUUACUGCAGAUACCCCAGGUCAGGGACCCUGUGCAGUGUGAAGGCGCAGAAGUGAUUACCCGGCACGCACGGGGGGCCCUGUGUGUUCCCUUUGUGCCCACAUUAAUUUACUUUGAAUCGUAAGACUUACCUGCUGCACCUGGUGUGU